GGGUCUUCGGGCUUUUUCCCACGGAGCCUUCCCAGAGCCGCCCUCAGGCGGUGGGGGGUGGGGUCGGGUUUUUGGCGAUCAGAACUCGGGGUCCGAGCUGUUCGUGAAGCACUCCGCAGCGGAGGAGAAGAGACCGGUGCCGGGGGCCCUCUCUCGUUUUUGCCUUCUUAGGCCUGCCGGGACGGGAGGCCCUCGUCGCCACCGAUGGAGUUGCUUCGAGAUUUUGGUCAGAACGCGCCCCUGGCGAGCUCUGGGGAGCAGCGGUGCCGAAGGAUCGCGCCGCAUCGCCAGUACAUCGGCGAUGCCUGUUCAAUGUGGAGCCCGACUUUCUCCACUCCGAUGGCGCAGAUGCAUCGCUGGCAUCGCCAGUGCAUCGCUGGUGCAUCGGCGAUGCGUCGGCCAUGGGGCGCGAUCUUCCGAUGUCAUUCCCUGGGACCCACUUUUGGGAGGCCUCAACAGGAGCUGGAGGACUUUGUCUCGGAGAUGCGCUCGCGCGUGACCGCGCCGGUCCUCGGGGCGACGCUGGCGCAGAGGCUCGAGAGGCACAACGCCAUGCAGGAGCAGUCCGCCGGCGGCUUCCUCCAGGCCCUUGACCAGGCUCGUGCCCGCCGGGCAGACACGCCCGCCUGGCGCGCGCGGCGCGUCACGCUCGGCACCAGGCUGCGGCAGGCCACCCCGAGCGAGAAGCGCGAGGACCAGCUGCUCGCCGCCCGCUGCAAGGGCGGCUGCAAGGGCAGCCGGAAGGCCUCGGGUGUUCGAUCCCGACGUCUCUUCGCGUUGCAGAUGUCCGACGAGGUGAUUUGUUGAAUCCCAGUGUUUUGUAUCGAUUUCGGCCUUUGGGGCUCACUGUCGGGGCCUCUUCUUGUUG